UCCCUCAACAGCCCGAACUGGUUUGAGCUGUGAGCAUGUCUGGCGCUUGACCGGUGCGCUCCCUUGAUUCCUGGCUCUUCUGCCCCCUUCUUGGACCGGCGGCUCCCGUCCCUUCCCUUUGCGAAGACGAAACGAAUCGCGGCGCCAAGCGAGCACGCCUUCUCCCUCUCCUCUUCCCACUCGAUAGGGAAGAAGACGAAGAGCUAAGACGAAGGGGGCGAAGAUGGGGAACCUGAGGUCCGACUCUCCCGCCGCCCGUCGAAUCGUUCUCGCAUUCUUGGAUUUCCUCAAUUCCGUCGAACUGGCUCCUGGAGCUGAUUCUGAAGCACUUGAUGUUGUUAAAGAGUGUUUGCAAGAAGUGUUUAAGCUCAAUUCAUCGACCCCUGCUGAUGGGAUACAGCCUGGUUUAUUAUUGGACCUAUUCGCUUCACAGGGAGCUGGUGAACAGUGUAGUCUGACACCAGAUUGGGACUCUCUUGCAAAAUCCAAUGCCACCUCAUCUUCCCAAAGAGUUGAAGAUUCCAAAACUUUAAAGGCCUCAAAUAGAGAAGAUUGUGCUAGAGAUUCCGAAGACUUAGGAGGCAUGCCAAGAGAUGAACUAUUUGGAAGAUUCUAUGCUGCACUUGACAAAAUCAAUUUUUUUAUGAGCUCACCUGGUGCAGUUGAAGACCCUGAUCAAAUUGCCAAAGCAACACGGUUCUUUAAUGAAGCUGUAGCAGAAAUUGGGAAUUCUCAGGGACAAAUAAUGAACUUGGGCAGCCUUGCUGAAGCCUUUAAGUCAAAAGGUAAUCAAUCCAUGCAGUUGAAGUUAUACUCUGAAGCUAUUGAACUAUAUACCUGUGCCAUAGCACUCUGUGAGAAGAACGCUGUUUACUAUUGUAACAGGGCUGCUGCUUACACUCAGAUUCAUGGAUAUGAUGAAGCAAUUGAAGACUGCUUAAAGUGCAUUGAAAUUGAUCCUAAUUACAGCAAAGCAUAUAGCCGUCUUGGAUCAGCUUAUUUUGCUAAAGGGAAUUACAAUGAUGCUUUAAAUAAGGGUUACUUGAAAGCCCUGCAGUUGGAUCCAGGUAACAACACUGUUCGAGAGAAUAUUCAGGUAACAGUACAGAAAUUGAUGGAACAACGUGCACAGGCAGAUCCAGAUCAGAACACACGAUCAAGUCAUGGCCAGGAAUCUUCUUCACAUUCAGGGUCAACAAACAGCAGCUUUUCAUUCCCGUCAUUUCCAGUUGGUGCCUCUCCAGAUCUUGUGGCUAACAUUUUGAGGAACAUGACAUCAGGUCAUGGCCAACAAUCAACUUCGCAAUCUGCAGGCUCAGCCAACAGCAGUGUCCCAUUCACGUCUUUCCCUGUCAACAUUCCUCCCGAAUUUGCUAACAUAAUAGGGAACAUAGCCGCAGCUACCCAGGGUCACCAGGUUCAUGAGAGAAUGCCCAAUGGAAAUGUAGAGGGCUCAAAUGAACCUGGUAUAAGACUCGAUGCAAAUAUCAACCUGGAUGUCGGAGAUUCACCAGAACAGGUAUCAGAUGUGUUGAGGUCUAUGAUGGAGAUGUUUUCACCGCAGCCCGGGUCACAAGGAGGCGCACCUCGAGGUUCAGAUCGAACUCAAGGAGGUGAGGACUGAGAAAAGGUUUUGCUUUUCAAAAAUCGUUAACUUAUGUACAAAAGCUUGUGCAUACAUUAUAGGGUGUCUGUCUCUUGGGACGUUGGUUAAAUGCUACAAGUUUUGCCUUCACCCCAAAAAAAGAGGAUUUGCCAACUUUUCUGCUCUGCUUUCGAUUGGUGGCAUUGUAAUUCUUGGAUUAUAAACUGGUUAAAAACUAUAAUCCAAAAUGGUAGUGAUAUAUCACCAACCCUGUUCAUAUUUUGAA